AUGAGUGAUGAUGAUGAUGAUGAUGAUGAUGAUGAUGAUGAUGAUAUUGAUGAUGAUGAUGAUGAUGAUAUUGAUGAUGAUGAUGAUGAUGAUAUUGAUGAUGAUGAUGAUGAUGAUAUUGAUGAUAAUGAUGAUGGUGACGAUGGUGCUUCUUUUCUCUCGCUCCUUCUCUCUCUUCGGUUUCUGUUCGAAAUUCGGAUCGCCUUCACUUCCAACACCAUUCAAACGCCACGCAACCCUAUUGAAUACCUUAAACCCCGAGAAUGA